CGUGGUCCUGUCGUCCGGCCUCCUCCGUUUCUUUGGUUCUCAGGUUGUUGCGCAGGUUUUAUUCUUGCGUGGGAUUCGAGCUCCAGCGGCUCCUCUCUGAUCUCUGCUGUGGAACGACGCACGUGCGGGUGCGAUGACACGGAGACGUCACGGUCGCGGUCAGUCGGAGGUCUUUUAAUAUGAUCUCACAGAGAGGACACGGUCUCUUCUACCUGACUUUACUGCUGUGGACCAGGCGCGUGCACGCGCUGUCUGACUUCUCAAACUACCUGUCCCGAAUCAUCACCAGUCAUUCUGCUCACGCAUGUGACGGGCACCGUCUUCGACUCCAUUGUCCACGUCAUUCCACCAUCUCCAUCCAAUCAGCCUUCUAUGGAAGCAGUGGAGCACGCCUGUGCGGCGCCGACCCAGCCGCUCUGCUGCGCACACACAACCACAGCUGUUCAGCUUUUACUGCUCUACAGAAGCUGCUGUCAGAGUGUCAGAGCCACCGAGAUUGCCAGUUGCCUGUCACCCACCUACUUUUUGGGAAGGACCCCUGUCCCGGGACUACCAAGUACCUUCAUGUAGAUUACAAGUGUAAACCCACUGAACAUAAAAGACAUGUGGUGUGUGAAGGAGAGAAAAUGGUCCUACGUUGUAAAUCCCCUAAGGUGUUGAACAUCUAUGCAGCUGUCUAUGGGAGGAGUCUGGGCAAGACUGACACCUGCCCUUCACACCUGUCCAGAUUGACCCCAUUUGAGUGUCUGAACUAUGAGGCGGCGCACAUCGUGUCCAAAGCCUGUUACAACAAACAGAGGUGUGUUGUUACUGUCAGCAACCAGACCUUCAGGGACCCCUGCUUUCCAGGAACCAGGAAGUACCUCAGUGUGGCCUACGCCUGUGUACCUCUGACUUUACUAAGAGAAGCAGACCCAGACGCCUUCACCUCCACAUCAUCUCCCACUGUGGACACAGAGAGAGUUCCUCAUGAAGAUCCAGAGGAACCUUCUUCCAAAGGGUCACGUCUGCCAGACAGCUCAGGGACUAUGAGCAGCUCUCUCCUGACCUAUGCCUACAUCAAAGAGCAUCCAGAAAUGGCAGCACUGCUGUUCAUGUCCAGCAUGUGCGUGGGACUUCUCCUCACAAUACUUGCUAUAUCUGUGCGCGAGACCUGCAGAGGACAGCAACUCAGGGACCGCAGAACCUCGGCCAGGUUCCGCAUACAGACACAGACCUGCUCAGAGGACGAGGAAGAAGCUGAGGACGAGGAGGGAACAGAAAGCUCUGUGAUCUCAGAAGCAGAGAGGAGGAUGAUGUCCGGCUGGGAGGAGGUGACCUACGUGAGCGAGGCCGCGGAGCGGGCCGAGAGGAUUGAGCGCAGAGACAUGGUCGUUCAGGAGAUCUGGAUGAACGCCUAUCUGAACAGAAACUCCUGUCAGCUAAACUCUCCUCUCUACGGCGUUCAGCAUCAGGUUUCUUUAGCGGCUUCACACAUUUGAUUAGUUAGUCCAAGAAACCCAAUAUUAUUUUUAAACCAGAUCCUUGCCGUUUUUUUAAAGGACCAGAAGGCUUUGGGCACUUUAAGGCUAGCUUAAUCAAUAUAUUUAUUCAUGCUGUGUGGGUGAAAAGAAGUUGUAAACCAAAGAACACAUUAAGCCUCAGUCCCACCAAAUAAUAAGCCAUGAAUAAUGAGCCACGCAUGCGUGUCAGUGAUUAUUUGAAGAAUGAUCCACGUUUUAAGCCGUCACGUAUCCACUACUAAGGCAUUUCUAUGUCUCACAUAUGCCUCUAGUGAGCCACGACUGACCUGUCAUUUGUGCCCUGUCCAGCCUCGAGUGGCUCAUGUCACUGCAUUUGAUCCAUGUCAAGCUACAUAGUGCCAUGAUAACGUGACGGUGGUGCACAUUUAGGCAUGGGUUUGGUCCAACCCUUCAGCCCUCCCACACUUGGUCACUUUAAAGUGUGGGUUUUCAAUUCACAGCAUCCAUUCAAGAUGAUGCCAUACUUUUUUAAACGCAGUCCAAAAAAAGACACUGCACUGAGUGAGUGUGCGCGCACGGAUACAAAUUCUGAUGGGGAUAACCACUUUGGCACAACACUGGCCGGUGUGCUCCAGGCUUCGGUUCACUAGUGUUCCAGAGUCAAAUGCAGCCAUUCUGUGCAUUCACCCAGAUCUCUGUGACCACACACACAAAAAAUAAUAAUCAUUUCUUCCACAGCUUAGCCACCGUGAUCCAACUUUUAACUUUGUGUUCAUCCGUUAUUCACUGCAAAAUCACUCUUUUGCGAGCUGGCGUUUUGUGUUCGUCUUGGGUGCCAGUUAUUCCAUCAGUGUGUGCACACACAAUGGAGCUCAUCUGAUCCAUUUAACAAGAUAUUAAAUCUAUCAUAGACAUACUUUUACAGCUAGGAGCGAACAUGAUACUGUUUUACCAAGCUAUAAAAACAUUAAAAAUAGUUACUUUUGAGCUGUUCCAAAAUAUGUUCCUCAUUGAGCAGAAGGGGGAAAAAAAGGUCCAGAUGAAAUGGUCUUCUGCCUCUAAGAGCCUCUCAGAGACACUUUUCUCCCACAAUAGUUGAAUAAAUCCUCUUGUAACAAAAAACAACACAAAACAUGCUAUGUGGCUCAUUAAUCAUCCUUCAUUAUUUUGUGGGACCAGGGCUUUAGGGGACAUGAAGUGAGAAACCGUCUGUACUUUAAACAUGGUCCCGUUCCUUAGCAUGAGCAUAAUUUCCACAAUUAAAACCAAUGUUUUUAAUCAUGGCAAAUUCAGUUUGAUAAGUGUCACCACAUCUGUUCAAAACACGGAUACAAACAGGUACCUUUAGAAGCAACAUUCACAAAAGGCACAUUUUACAAUAUCCCUCGAGUGGAGGGGCUCAUUCGUCUGUGGGAACAAGGUUAACCAAGUUGCUGAGGUAAAAUUUUCCAUGUGUACCUCCUUAGGGAUCCUGUCCGUGCUACCAGACACUUCUAAUGACAUUCUCAUGUUCAGUGGCAACAAAAAAGGUUUUACUGUGAGGAUUUUAGCUUGCCCCAAACAACUCCGCUGGUUAGCUGUUUAUUCUGUGACAGUGUUAGCGAUGGAACUCAACACUGGACUGAUUGUGGUUUCUGUCCAGAGUAAGACGUUACUGGAGUUUUGCUUUCAUUAAGUCUUUCUGUUCUGUUCUUUCAAAGUAAGCCUGAACCCAAACUACUCCUGUCUGAAUCACAGUUUUGUUCCAGACGUCAACCCUCCGGUGGAUGAAACCCACUCGCUUCCUGCCCCGACUGUGACGCGAGCUGGCGUGGUGAUCUGCUAUGUGCUACCUUCCUGUUUCAGAGCAGGACAAGCUUUUGGAGUUAUGUGUGACUGUGGGACAAAGAGAGGAAAGGUGUAGCAUCCUUCUUUAGUAUUCCAUGAAAACUGAAACUUUUAACAUCAAUUAGAUAUAAAGUCUAAAACACUGCACAAAUUCAAGUUAUAUAGGAGCUAUUUCACUCAAACUAAAAGUGUAUAUAAAAUUUACUUUUUUUUUUUGCAUAAAUUCAUCAAUAUAUGAAGUUCCCAUACCAGAAUAACAGCUGUUAAUACAGCAGGGAACAGAUUUGUUCAACUAAACCUGGACCUAAACUCUGAAAACACCACGCCUCUUCAAGAAUACCUUCAUUUAAAGUGUAGUCAUAUAAAACACUGUUGGCCAUCAAGCCUUUGAGUGUUGGCAACUGAUGUUCAAUGUGGGAGAAAUGAUUUUUGGGAAAAAUUAGUAUAAGGAAUCCACAUGACUGAAAAAAGGCCGCCAAAUAACACCAAUAUCUUACUUUUGUAACUUCUGGUACAUGAGUGGUACAGCAAAGUGUGAGGGAAUAUGGCCAGCUCUGUUCCUGAUGUACCAGUUUAUUUUAACCCUGCAUCAGUCUCAGACAUUAGCUGGAGUCGCUUUGUGCAAAUAUCGCCAACAAUGUAGUAUGUGGCAGGCAACCCUAAAAUGCAUGAAUGCAUUAACUAACUGCAUUUAUAUAGCACUUUCUUGGUCAACGUGCUUCACUCACACAUACACACUCAUGUCACGGUGCCGCCAUGCAAGGCACUCAACUGCACACCAGUAGUAACUUGGGAAUAAGGACUUUGCCCAAGGGCCUUAGUGAUUUUCCAGCCUGACAGGGAUUUGAACCUACACUAGUACUGCUACACUAUGCAAUUUUAAAGUGUGGAAAAAUGUAGUUUGAGUUCAUUUAGAACUCUACUACAGUAGCUCUACUGAUACCCAUGUUACUUUUUAUCAAUUUUAUUUUGAAAGCAUACAACACAUUUGUCAAAGAUGCUUAAUUGCUAACAGUGUUUUCAUAUGACUAAGAUUGUGCAAAAAAAAAAAA